AUGGGCAGUGCUCCGUACCCAGCCGGGGAGUGGAAGGGGAAGGCCCGCGGAGGCCUCCAGGAGCUGGGCUGUAUGCCCUGGAAGGUCAGCAAGCAGAAAGGGCCUGGGGCUGGGGGAGAGGGGAUGGGGGCUGAGGAGAGAAGGAGCGGAGAUCCCAGAGACUGUCAUCGACAAGACAUGUCCUCCUCCUGCUCCUCUCCGCCCCCAGCAGCAGCAGCAGCAGCAGCAGCAGUGCCCUCACAGAGCCCUCCGGUCAUCUACCACGAGAAGCAGCGGCGAGAGCUGUGUGCUCUACACGCUCUCAACAACGUCUUCCAGGACGGCGCCGCCUUCAGCCGAGAGGCGCUGCAGGACAUCUACCAGAGGCUCUCACCAAGCACUCUGCUGACGCCACAUAAGAAGAGCAUGCUGGGAAACGGGAACUAUGACGUGAACGUCAUCAUGGCGGCACUGCAGACCCGAGGCUUCGAGGCCGUGUGGUGGGACAAGAGACGGGACGUGGGCAGUAUAGAGCUGUCCAACGUGACCGGCUUCAUCCUCAACGUCCCGUCAAACCUGCGCUGGGGGCCGUUCCGUCUGCCUCUCAAACGCCAGCACUGGAUCGGGGUCCGGGAGGUGUCUGGGACCUACUACAACCUGGACUCAAAGCUGCGGACCCCCCAGAGCAUCGGCCGCCCCGAGGAGCUCAGGAAGUUCUUCCGUCAGCAGCUGCGAGGAAAGAACUGUGAACUGCUGCUGGUGGUGUCUGACGAGACCCUGGACCUCAUCAGCUCCAGCCAAGGACCUCACAUCAGACCCUGGACCUCAUCAGCUCCAGCCAAGGACCUCAUCAGCUCCAGCCAAGGACCUCACACUAGACUCUGGACCUCAUCAGCUCCAGCCAAGGACCUCACAUCAGACAAUACCAGCGGUGGCCCCUCCCACCUCCCAGUCCAAAGAGAAGUCCUACCUCCACCAGCCUCUGUCUCUGCCCUCAGCGGCCCCACAAACAACCACCCCCACCCUGUGUCCAUCUCCAUCCCCUCCACCAGCCACCCGGAGCACUCCCGCCUGUCCAAGACCACCACACCACCCCCUGCUCUCCAGCUCGGCCUUCACAUCCUGGGAUUGAUCCCAGCGCACGCCACGUCCAGAGACAGACCUCGGCUCCGCGGGCACGAUGAGCGGCCCGACAUGCACAACCCCAACCGCAGGCACAACCACCUUCUCCGCCCGCAGAAAGCCGAGCUCGGAGAACGUGCCGGACCUGUUCAAGCCGCCCUACGGGGCCGCCUACGGGAACACGGGGCAGGGGCCGCACACAGGCCAGGGCCACCCUCCACAGAUGCUCUAUCUCCAGGCUCCAAGAGCUUUUCCACGCACAGCGCUACAGAGGUGACUGUGUAA